AAGCCGGAGACGGAGAAUGCGUUGCUCCCGGGAUUGAAACUUGUUUGUCCGUCUCGGGCUGCCGUCCUGCAGGGCCGCCAUAUUGUCUGCUGAAGCUACGGCUGAAGCCGCCGCUGCUGCCGCCGCCAAGUAGGAGCGAGCGGAGCCGCGAUGGAGACCAUGGCAAGCCCAGGGAAAGACAACUAUCGAAUGAAGAGCUAUAAGAACAAUGCCCUAAACCCUGAGGAAAUGAGACGAAGGAGAGAGGAAGAGGGCAUUCAGCUCCGAAAGCAGAAGCGAGAGCAACAACUUUUUAAACGGAGAAAUGUAGAACUAAUUAAUGAAGAAGCAGCCAUGUUUGAUAGUCUCCUUAUGGACUCCUAUGUGAGCUCUUCUACUGGGGAAAGUGUGAUAACAAGGGAGAUGGUGGAGAUGCUCUUUUCUGAUGAUGCUGACCUACAGUUAGCAACUACACAGAAAUUCCGGAAACUGCUCUCCAAAGAGCCUAGUCCUCCAAUAGAUGAAGUUAUCAGCACUCCAGGAGUAGUGGAUCGAUUUGUGGAGUUUCUAAAGAGGAACGAAAAUUGUACAUUACAGUUUGAAGCUGCCUGGGCACUAACAAACAUUGCUUCUGGAACCUCUCAGCAAACCAAAAUUGUCAUUGAAGCAGGGGCUGUCCCCAUUUUUAUAGAGCUGCUUAACUCAGACUUUGAAGACGUACAAGAACAGGCAGUCUGGGCACUGGGAAACAUAGCUGGAGACAGCUCCGUUUGCCGAGAUUACGUCUUGAACUGCUCCAUCCUUAAUCCUUUGUUAACACUCCUUACCAAGUCCACACGACUGACAAUGACACGGAAUGCAGUCUGGGCCCUGUCAAAUCUCUGCCGAGGGAAAAAUCCACCCCCUGAGUUUGCAAAGGUCUCCCCUUGUUUGCCUGUGCUUUCUCGCCUACUCUUCAGCAGUGACUCAGACUUGCUGGCAGAUGCUUGCUGGGCCCUUUCUUACCUGUCUGAUGGCCCCAAUGAGAAGAUCCAGGCAGUCAUAGACUCUGGAGUCUGCCGGAGAUUGGUGGAACUAUUAAUGCACAAUGAUUACAAAGUGGCUUCUCCAGCCCUGAGAGCUGUGGGAAACAUCGUCACUGGGGAUGACAUCCAGACCCAGGUCAUUCUUAACUGUUCAGCUCUCCCUUGCCUCCUCCACUUGCUGAGCAGUCCCAAGGAGUCCAUCCGGAAGGAAGCUUGCUGGACGAUUUCAAAUAUUACUGCUGGCAACAGAGCUCAGAUACAGGCUGUCAUAGAUGCAAAUAUCUUCCCUGUGUUGAUUGAAAUCCUUCAGAAAGCAGAGUUCCGUACAAGGAAAGAAGCAGCCUGGGCCAUCACAAAUGCCACAUCAGGAGGAACCCCUGAGCAAAUCAGAUACCUGGUCUCACUGGGCUGCAUCAAACCCCUGUGUGACUUGCUGACUGUGAUGGAUUCAAAGAUAGUGCAAGUGGCCCUCAACGGAUUGGAGAACAUUCUUCGGCUUGGAGAGCAAGAAGGCAAGCGCAGUGGCUCAGGGGUCAAUCCCUACUGUGGCCUCAUUGAGGAAGCCUACGGCUUGGAUAAAAUUGAGUUUCUCCAGAGCCAUGAGAAUCAAGAAAUCUACCAGAAGGCAUUUGACCUCAUUGAGCACUAUUUUGGUGUAGAAGAUGAUGAUAGCAGCUUGGCUCCCCAAGUGGAUGAGACGCAACAACAGUUCAUCUUCCAGCAGCCUGAGGCCCCCAUGGAGGGCUUCCAGCUAUAAUAUCUGCCUCCAGGGAGGGGAGGGGAUGGGAAGCACCACCAACCAGCGGAAAAGCAGCCCUCUGGUGGGCGGGAAGCCAGGCCCCCCCACCAUUAGCCACCACACACCUCUGCUGCCCUGGAAGACUGUGCUCUUCAACCUGCUCCACCCCCUUCCCUGGAGGGAGCACCCUCUGGACAGACAGAACCAUCUGAGGCUCACUUUUGGGUUUUGUGACAAGAAGGGGACGUGUUGGGUUUUUCUUCCUUACACUAUAUUUUGGCUGCACACAUGUCUUUAACCCAGGAGCCCAGGGGUAGACAAAGGAGGACUGAGGUAAUCAAUUUUGCACCUUUUUUUUUUUUUAAUUUUUAUUUUUUUCUUUAGUGGUGACUGACUUCCUUUAUAUCUUCCUUCUUCCCAGUCCUCUGCCCUGAUCUGUGUAACUCUUAUCUUGGGUACUUGAGCAGAUGGAAUAUUCCAGAGGUGGGAGGGGCGGGAAGGGAGAGGAGAAAUUCAAAACAAAGUGUUCUUGCUCUGACAGAAUAUUAAUCUUGUAUGCUUGGAUUGAGUUAUUUAAUUUUUUUUCUUUUGCACAUUUUUCUUGUAUUAAGACUGCUCUUUCCAAGAGCCAUGCGUUCCUGGUUUUAGGAAUCCCAGCUGCCAGCAUUGUCUGGGACUAGAGGCAGAGGGUGGAGGCUGUUGUGAGACAAAUGCCUUUCCCCCCUCUGAUCGCCCAGACCUCUCUAGUUAGGGGCAAGUACACCAGUGGGAGUGGAGGGGAGGAGCACAGGCCUUCACACAGGGCUUCCCAUGUGUCGCUACUGAUCCCAUGUUUCCUACUCACCUUCCAAUGGUGCGACCCAACUUUAUUUGUUUACUUGAAAAUUCCCCUCAGAGUUGAAUGAACCUCUGAGGUCGCUGUAUUUUCUCCUAAACCCGAGAUGGGGGGCUGUGGUCCUUCCUUUCUCUGGAGGAGAAAGUCCUUGCUCUGGUGACCCAUAAGUUACAGAGGAGGUGAGAGUGAGAGUGUCAUGUAUUGGGAUAGCCAGAGAUCCCUGCCUUUGGCCUUUCUUCUUCUUCCUCUUCCAUAGUUGGAUCAUGUAUAUUUUACUUCCAAAGGAGAGAAUGUCCAAAAAAAGUUCUGUAUUUUUUUAUAUUCUAUAUAUUAGGUAGAUCAAUCUUAAUUGGUCUCAAGAGGAAGAGCUGUCUGUAAUUUCUGUAAGCAAGAUACUGUAAGGAAGACCAAAAAGAGAUGUGGAAGCUUCCUUGCUCAGGAAGCCUUUUCCUCUCUGCUUGGGUACUGGGCUGCCACGUAGGACCAACUUUUCACUCUGGAACCUAUAUAUAGCAGGCCGGUCUGAUCUCAUUUUCCCAGCAGUUAAAGGAGCAAGGAUGGCCCCAAGGCCUGGUGAAAUCUGUCCCUCUAUUCCUUCCUGCUGAGCAUCCUUACAUCUGGAAACCCAGAAAGCAGUCUGCCUUUUCAGAUUCAGUCUCAGACUCUCAUGCACAUAGAUUAUCACAUGGCUGUAUAUCCUGUUACUACAGAAACUCAGCCCCCUCAGUACUUCCAUGAGAGCUUCUGGUGUCUUCCCUAUUGGGGGGUCCUUAUUCCUGGUUUGGGUUUUGCACUUCCUUGUAACAGUUAUAGUUCUAAUCCCUUCUCCUCUUGAGUAAAGCUAGUACAGGGCCUCUUUGGCUUGCCUAUGGAUUACAUAGGAUAGUGAGCGUAGUUUGUAGGGAGUUGAAGUGGAGAAAGCGGUCAGAUAAGUAUAGAACAACUAUGGCACUAAAGGCGCAAUUUGCCCGUCAGCUGCUUUCCUACAGUGGUCCAUGAGUGCUAAGCUGUACUUUCCUUUCUCCAAGAAUAGUGCCAUUCUUGCUUGCAUUCCAGUGCAUUACCUCAGGCUCAGGUAAAAUUCAAGCCUCUCUGCUACAGACAUACCAGUUGGGUGCUCACUCCUGGCCAUUGGUAUUGAUUUUGCCCUCUCCUUCUGAUGUUUAGAUCCAACUCCAGAGCUGUUUCCUAAGGAAGGUGGUUUGGGGCUAGUGAUUAUCACUGAAGUGCCACAUCAGUGCUAAAUCACCUCAGUGAAUCAGGUGCCAUUCUUUCCCUAAGGAACAAUUGACCAACACCAAUCCCCCAGGGAGGCCUGGGACGGGGCUAUUUCACUUGGCUCUUGAUUUCACUGCAAAACCAUUCCCUCCCACCCCUGUCUUUGUUUGAAGGGCAGAAUACUUUAGUGGGUCUACUCUCUACAUCUUAAAGCAAUAGUCUGUGAAAUUGGCGCUAAAUUCCUGUGAGACCUACAUAUCCUGCUUCCUAGCCAUUCUGUUCCUCUGAAAUCUCCGUUCCCGUCAGGUCUGGCUCUGUGCCAUGUGGGAGACAUUAGAUCAUCUGGCUGCUGCUUAAAGCCUGUCUUCUCCAAGUACUUCAAGGCCAAAGUCUUCCAAGACAUGACUUGAGGACAGAUUUCUCAUCAGAAAAAAAUGGUCUCCAGGAACUUUACUUUAUGUCUUCCCUAGACUGUUUUCCCAUUAUCUUCUUCUAACCCCCCCACCCGCUUUUCAGUCAACAAGUGAAAUUCUUGCAGCUCACAGAGGCUAUAACAUCAUCACUUGUGUUUUCUCAUGUCCUUAGGCCAUUUGGGAAGCAAAUUCUUCUUUAGCCCAGAUUUCACUGGCAUCUUCAUGGACCGCCCCAUUUGGGCUCCAGACCUUGGUCUGGGUGAGACUUUCUGGUAGACUUCUGAAUAAUGGUUGAUGCAGGGAUGGAGAAGGCUUCUAGCCUACUACAGAGAAUAGCCUGAGAAGAUAAAAUUUGGGACUCUUCAUGUCUAGUUACUCAUUUAAAGACCUCUCUGAUUGGAGGUAUCUAAGUGUAGAUAAAGGGGACCUGAGCCUUUGGGGAAAAAAAAACUAAAGUGUUCACUGUUUUGAAUAUCACUAACCCCUCUGGGUAUCUCUCCCCCAGUUGUCUUCCCUACUACUAUUGGUCUCUGAUCUUAGAAGCCCGCCUUCAAUUCCCGGCUCUCUCCAGUAAUUUCAACCUUCUGGUAGAACUGCAUCGGUUCCACCUCAGGUGGUUAUUGGGUUCCUCUAACUCAAGAAGUGGACAUGAAUGACUCUUUCCAAGAACAGGUGUUGUAACCUCAGUUUUCAGGGACUUUUGACCUCUCUUACCUGGAAUGUUGAUAUCUACACUCUGUCGCAGAAGACACCUCAUGUCUACCUACCUUCGUUACCCCUUAUAUCCCAGAAUUACCCAUUGCUAGCCAACUAGAUGAAAGCCUAGCAGUACUCCUCUUUACAUCCUACAUAUGCCUCUCUUUGAAAAUCCCAAAUCAUUUUUCAUAUCUUUUCCCCUCGACUUGUUCAGAGUGGGUCUUCCUCAGUUCUCAAUCUCAAUGGAAGGCAAAGAGCCAGAUUCUCCAGUGACUCCGUAGGGAGAAUAUGACUGGGGUCUCAGGAAUAUGUGUGCCCGUCUGCCUCCCUAGCAGGGUGGGAAAGGGUGCAUGGUGCAGUGCACCGAGAUUUAUAGGAAAUGUUCAUGACCAGUAGAAACAUCUUCCACUUAGGGCUGCACUAGAAAAAAGUGAAUGUGAGAAAUUAUUCAGAGUAGCAUUCUUCUACAACUGUUAUAGUAUUGCACAUCUCGUCUAUUUUUUCCCUGUGUCUUAACUUUUGGAUCCUUUUAAGCCAACAAAUUAGAAACUUGGCCCUACAGGGAUCCAUGUGGUAGACACUAGCUGCUCUUUGGCCAAGGCCUUCAUAAAUCAGUCAUCCCAUAAUCUAGCCCCACCCCAGACCAUGGCAAGGGACAAAUUUGAGGUCAAUACCAACUAGAUGUGAAUUAAAGCUGUUCUUUUUUUCCUCUAAGGGCAUUUUUCAAGAAGCCUAUGCUAUGUGUAGAACCAAAACUGGGUAGGAAGCAGGAUUAAAUUUUGGACUCAGAAUACCCCAGGAGAAAGGUUUGUGGAGCAUGUGACAAAGGGCUUCAGUGGGUUUGGGCCUACCUCACUACUUCCAGGCCAGCCUAACUGCUUAUGUCCACAUUAGCACAUACCUGAACCCCUCUGCUGAAGGCUAACCCUGCUCACCUGGGCAGAUCAGAUCUUUGGGCCAUGGAUUUUAGUCAGAGAAAACUGCCUUGCUCUGGGAGGCAGUGAAGGAAGUUGGUGUGCAGAUCCUAAAACUGGCAGGAAACUGACUCAGUGACUUCCUUAAAAUGUUGGCCUCUAAGCCAACUCCUCAGACCCUGACAUUGGGCAUUGGCCUCUUUUGCCAGCUCUUUUGGGAACUACCUUUGACUGAAUAAACAAAGUGUAUGGGUCCCUGCCACUCAAAACAGAUUAUAUAUCUUGAGGGCAAGAACAAGCUUGGGUUCUCAGCUACAGAUCCUAGGAAAAUGACUCAAAUCCUUUUCCUCACUGGUUUUUCUUUUCAAGUUCAUUUGCUUUUAGUUUUCCAAAAACUACAAAUGCUAUUUUCCAUGUUCUCAGGGCCCCUGGGUAGACAGACAAAGCUUGACGAUUUCAGAGAAAACACAGGCCAAGAAACCGUGGCGUUGAGUGUGCUGAGUCCAAACAAAUGAUAUUUAUAUACACAUCCAAAUUUGAAGAGAAAGUGUAUUUCUUUAGGUUUUAAACACUGUAAUAGAUAAUAAAGCAGAAAUAAAAACCUGUUGCAAAGUU